AUGGCAUUUGUGGGUUUAAAGAUUUGUGCUUUGGCACUUUUUCUUCUUUUAGGAGCCGCUGCUGAAGAUGAAAGAAAGCCAAAUAUUAUUUUUAUGCUGAUGGAUGAUGUAAGCUAACCGUUUUUUGCAAAUUUUACAUAACUUAUGGCUGAUUGCGCUUUCUGCGCUGGGAAUCAUAAGGUGGUUUUCACGUUACGUCAUCGCCGCCAUGCUGGUGGACGGUAAACAAAAGAUCGCUCAUUAGCUGGCUUUGUUUGUCCACCAGCAUUUGUUCAUUUCACCUUUGUUAUUUGUGUCUCCUGAGAUUGCAUGAAAACCACCUAUAUUGUACGGUUUCUUCAAGUUUUUACGUAUUCAUGGCUCAAUAUCAAGCGAAAAUCCACAGACACCGCGGAGAAAGCGACUUAAUGUAAUUAAAGCUGCAAGUUUUAGGGUGAUGCAUAGAAAAGGCAAAGCAGUGAAAUUUUGCAGAAAGUUGUUUGGUGAUCGACUUGUCCGGGGGUACCCCCUUAUUCUCCCUGGGAAAGUACAGUCAACUCUCCCUUUAUGGAGCAGUGGUGGAUCCUGGGGAGGGCCCCCCUUAUUUUUAGACCAAACUGAUGCCCGAAGGGCUGAAAAAAAUUUUUUUGAGACGCCCUUCCCCUUACCUGUAGGUCUGGAUCUGCCACUGCGGACACCCCUCCAAGACUAUGUUGGUGCCUGCCUUUUUCAGUCAUUUUACCAUUACUAUACUCCCUACAAGAUGGACAGCAGACACUUUUUGAACCAUCAACAGACACUUGAUAGGUGCUUUAUGCAGUGAAAAAUACCUCUAAAGGAGAAAAUAUAAGUGCAGGUCUGACAGUAAAUUGCAAAAUUUUUAUUAUUGUAUGGCUUGUUCCAGUUUGCAGAGUAUCAACUGUUACACUUUUAGACCAUGAAGCCGUGACCAUUUGCUUGUAAUGAACGUUUGAUUGCACAAUAUGAAAAUAAUUCCUCUUUCUGCUACAAUGUUCUAGUUUUAGCUGUUUUUUGUACAAGUUUAAAAGACUUCUUUUCACUGCAAAUGUGUUCAGCAUUAGUUUCCUAAAAUUACCAGCAUCACAUUACCUCAGCUCUCUACAAGACAGACACCUCUCUAACACGUCUUAGAGAAAGUUGAUAGUACUGUUUCGUGCCGCGGAACAGGGUAUACAGUUUCACUAUUUCACUAUUUAGCGUUUUGAAAGGGUGUCUUUUUGGACCAGACACAAGGUGAACCAAAUGACUAUUCCAUUGUAGCUCAUUUUAUCUUUUCCAGAUGGGAUGGGGUGAUUUGGGAAUAUUUGGCCACCCAGCAAAAGAGACACCCAAUCUGGACAAUAUGGCAGCAGAAGGAAUACUCUUUCCAGAUUUCUACUGUGCAAAUCCACUUUGCUCCCCUUGUAAGUGUUUUGUUUUUUAAACUCUCAUGAUAUAUUAACUCAGUGAGGUUAGUUUGUUCCUUAGUUAAAUUUGUUUUCAACCCAGGUCUAUUGGUGAACUAUUAAAGGCAAUUCAUUUUCAGCUGAGGUCGUAUAAAGGGUGGGAAAUGGGGCUGAUUGUCCAUUAUCAACUGGUUGUCUUGCACUGAAUGAUCUUCAAUCAAGGCACAAAUUCUCCAAACCCAAAAAAUCCCCGAAAGGAACAUUUCAAAGUAUCAUAUAUGGAAGAUUAACCUCAUCUCCAUGAGGAGAGUCAGGGAUAGGUGCCUGAAAGCUCCUUGCGAGUGGCAUUAAGUGAAUGCAGAAGAUAAACAUGCAGACAAAAUACUCUGUGAGCAGCAACCACUAUAGGCACCAUCAUACUGAACUGUUGGCUUUCACUAGUGUCACUGACUGUCAAAGAUCAAAACCAUUCAAUAGAUUAAGUCCAAAAUCUGGGAAAUGAAAGGAGGUGAAUAUCCAAACAGCCUUGCCAAGAAUCAGGUCUGUGCAAUUUUACCAAAUAAGCAAGAUACUGAGGAAUGUCUUACCCAAAUUUAUAGAGCUUUGUAUGGAGACGCCAUGUUGGUAUCCCUCAUGAGGGGCACCAACAUGGCAGCUGGAAACCAACAGUAACAUCUGUCACUGAGUUUUGCUACAAUAUUGUUUGAUCAUUACUUGAGGAACCCUUUCAGCUGCUUUUAAACCUCAUGAAAGUAAAACUUGGAACUUGAUAAUUUUCAAUUUGAAUUUUGCUGACAUCACAUCCAGCCAUUCAGCCCUCAGUGGAAAAGUGAAGUACUUACCAAAGAACAAAAUGCAAGCUCUGCUUGUGCAGUUAUGUGAGCUAAGUGGGUUGACCAACUCAACUGGAGAUGUAAGUUCAUGUAAAAGCCCUCAAGUUAUCCCACAUAUAAUUUAGUGAACAAGGAGACUACUGACCAGCAUAAUUGUAUAUCCAGUUUAACUUGACCUAAGUUACAUUUAGCUGGUUAUCAUUUCCCUAACCAGAUUCAGAUUCAGGUUACCAUGGUGAGCAGAACCCUAAUAUAUACCUGCCAACUUUUUCUGAGAUAUAAGCGUGAGAUUUUUAUCCUGGGAGUGCUGGGAUUUUUGAAGACGACACGAUCAUUUCUGAAGAUUCCCGAAGAAGUCCGAAGUCUUCCGAAGAAGUCGGAAGUCUUCCGAAGACGUCCGAAGUCUUCCGAAGACUGCCGAAGACUGCCAAAGGCGAGCUCGCUCCCAGUGCUUUUCACUUCAAAAAUCAGAGAUCGCAAGGAAGGUAUUGCCAUUUAUUCAUUUUACACAUGGUUUUCGUUCCUUACAUGGGUCUGAGUUAACAUAUUUUUGGAAAUUGUGUCAAGCAGGACGGCAACAACUCACAUUUUUCAAUCAGGCGUGAGCCGGCGUGAGAUCGAAGUUUUCAACCCGCAGGCGUGAGACUCACGCCUAAGGCGUGAGAGUUGGCAGGUAUACUAAUAAAGAGCUUUCUGCAUUUGGUUGAAUGCUAGUCUGACCUGACAAUGCAGGAAUUAAUCCACAAAUGCAUGGAUACUCUUGAGUUCCCUUGUAGCUGAGCAGUGUACACUGUAAAAUAACAGUAAAGUAUACUUUAUUUUUGUUAACUUAACAAUAAGUACAGUAUUGUAAUAACAGAAAGUCUAAAGGAUGCUACUGUUAUUUAUAACCACCUUCUCUGCAAAUUCAGCAAUAUUUAUUAUUUUACCACUGCUUUGUCCUGCAUUAAGUAAUUUUUCCGAAAAAAUGAUUGUUAGUGGUUCUUCUUCAUGCUUUGUGUUUUCCUUGGACAGCACGUGCCUCAAUACUCACUGGCCGUCUUCCAAUCCGCAAUGGAUUUUACACAACCAAUGAUCACGCUCGAAAUGGUAAGUGAUCCUUUUAUUAGUCUAAAGGUAUAAUAAUUUAUUUAUUUCUGGUGGUCUCCAAUGGGCAGGCUAUGCGAAUGUGCAUUGUAUAGUAUUAUUUAUUUUAUUCUUUUGAAAGCUUUAAUUCUAUAUUCAAUAUUAUCACCCUUGUAGGUUAUACUCCUCAGUACAUUGUUGGUGGAAUAGCAGAUAGUGAAAUUCUCCUGCCAAAGAUUCUUAAAACAGAAGGUUAUUACAGCAAAAUAGUGGGCAAAUGGUGAGCUGAGUAGUUUGUUAAUUGUUACAAAACAGUAUGAUCAGUCGAUGUAAUUUUUUUCUCUGCUUUAUAUUAGUUUGUCUUAGAUUUACUUUCUUAUGAGAGUUUUAGAGAAUUAAGGCAAGUACAGUACUAGUAAUUGGAAAAAGAUAUAUAGCAAUGUAUUAUAAUAUUAUUAUAACAUAACACAUCCUCAAAUGACCAUACUUAAGGCUGUUUGUGAGAAAGAUUCCAGGGAGUGCAAAUUGAUUUAUCAAACAAGUAUGAUCUUGUCCAUAAUAUUACUUUGUUGACUUGUGUAACAAAAAAGUUCCAUGCUUUUUCUUGUCUAUACAGCAGACCAUGUUGUCACUACUCACUUUGCUUGUGUGUGUUACAUAUAACUUGAGAAUACUUUAUUCCUUUUAUAGAUUCUCAGCAGGUAGAACCCAAAUCACUACUCACUAUUUAUAUUAUACUAACAGGCAUCUUGGGCACCAGCCACAAUUUUUGCCUCUGCAGCAUGGGUUUGAUGAAUGGUUUGGUGCCCCUAACUGUCACUUUGGUCCGUAUGAUAACAUUCACAUUCCUAACAUCCCUGUUUACAAAGACAACAAGAUGAUUGGCAGGUAAUAAGAGCCCACAAUCUACAGUGGAAGUUCUCAUAAGCGGACACCCUUGUGAAGCAAAAAAGGUGUUCCUUACUGGGGCUGGCCACUAACCAGUCAGAAUGGUUCUCAUUUGUGGCCAGCUAGGGAUGUUGGAAUUAAAUGGCCGCUUACAGGAGCUUGCCCAACCACAAAUAAACAUUUGAAAUGAAAAGACUAGUUGACAGAGUUUGGUUAGACUGUUUUUCUUACAAUGUUGUAAUUCAGUCACAAGCAUAAAAGAUGAAGUGGUGUUUCGAAGUGUAAAACUGAACCUGGUGUAAAUUCUUUGUGACAAACAGCUACAUGGUGUUGAUAUGUAAAUUACAAGAUUCAGAGGACAAAAUGAGAUUUCAUUUCAGGUAUCUGCCUAUGGCAGCCUGAAAGUAAGGCUAAAAUCUAACUCAUAAACCCAGAAAGUGUCCUUGACUGCCUACGUGAAUUGUCCGCUUAUGGGAAUGUAAAAAUGCAGAGUUUGUGUAAGGGUUGAGACGGGGUUUUGUGAAGGCGGCUGUAAGUAGAGCUGAAUGUCCACAUACAAGAGUGGUGUCCGUCAAGAGAGCUUCCACUGUCUGAGGUAUUUAAAGGGACACAGUCAGCUGAUGCACAUGCGCAUUAAAUACCAUUUCUUAGCUGAUUAGCAGGUCACAAGACGAGCGUGAAACAAAAGCUUAUUCGGAAUACUCUAAACAAACCUUGUAGAGUUGAACUAGUUACAAGCGAAAUCGUGAUUAUAGACCCUAAGCCACAUCAGAGCACUUAUUUUUUAUAUAACAUUAAGAAUUCACCAAUGGAUUUUUCCCGGGAAGCCAAACAUCGACAAAUACUUCUGAAUUCGAACAUCAGUAGAGGUGAGAAAUUGCACGAAGUCUGGGUGAUUGUACUGUGUGGAAGGUUCACAGUCGAGAACGCUUGAUUUUCCAAAUAUAUGUAACCUUUUCCAUCCAUUUUCCAAAUAUUUAUAUAUAAUGAUUAUUGUUCAUCAGUGUUACUGAUUCAUUUCUCUUGUUAUUUUGGUAAACGAAGGCGAUUUCUCCUGCCUGGCGCCUACGCGUUUCUCACCUCUUCUGUUCACGUUCCUUUGAAUACUGUUUUUAACCAAAUAUGAUAAAAUAAUGUAAUAGGAUGAGUAAAAGUUUACUCAAAAAAGAGAUUUUCAGUAAAAGAUCGAGGAUCAAAUGAAACACUAGGUAGGAUUGAAGCGGAUUUCUAGAUGUAUCAGAUGCGUAGAUUUGAUUUCGGGUUGAGGUAAACGCUUUUCAAACUGGGAAAAGUAUUGUCCAGGCCAGUGCGGUUCCAUAGCUGACUGUGUCCAUUUAAGGUGGCUGAACACAGUUUUGCGGGCGGUCAGCGGUAAUUCGCGUGAUGGCGAUUGUUUUAACUUAGACAAACAAACAUGGCGGGGGAAAAGCAAUGGUAAACAGAAGACGAUUUCUCAAAAUCUAGUCAUUAAAAUAAAAUUUUGUGAUAUUUGGAGGAGUUUUUACUUUUUCUGUAUUUUAGAUAAUGAGAACUUUAAAAUGGAAGUAGAACAGACGAUUUUUGUGACACAUUUAAUAAUUACACUACAAUUAUAUUAUUGAUUAUCUAAAAACCCCUCUGUUAAAAUUUAGUCAAGUAAGUUUCAAAUGGUAAUGAUUAAUUAUAGUUAGCUAUAUGUAAGUUUAUAGGAAAAUCUAAUGAGUGAAUUUUUUGUAAACUGAGCAAAAGUGAAAUUUUAAGGUUGUAUUCAAUCGUUUAUGUUGCCAUGGAAACUACGAAAAUGUCAACUUUUACCUGUCAAUCAAAAUCUUUCAUCAGUGUAUUUUUCACUUGCCAAGUUUCAGCUUGUGAGCUGCAACCCUUCUCUUGCCAUGAUUUGGCAAAUGACAUAUACUAACAAACUGCCAAAACUGUGUUCAGCCACCUUAAAGUUGACCCAAAAAUUCCCAUGAAAAUCUCGUUCUACUACCCACCUGCAAUCCUUGUAUCUAAACUUUGUUAUGAAAUCAAGGAAGGGGUAGGCCAUAAAAUUUUGUAUAUUAAGGUAUUUGACGUUAAAUUUUUAGCUUUCAUAUUUCUCUGUUCUUUAAUCUUAAAUUUUGCCAUUUUUCAGAUAUUAUCAGCAGUUUGCCAUAAGUCGUAAGACAGGAGAAUCUAAUCUGACUCAAAUCUACACAGAGGUAGAUAUCACAUUUUGCAAUAUUCUUUCCUGUAUAUCAUUGGAUACUUUAUUAAACUAGUCAGUAGCAAAAACUUUUCUUAAAUCACUUGAAAUGAUGGUUCAGACAACUUUCAUCAAGGCAAAACCUUUGAACCUAUAAUCCUCGUCACAAAUCUUAAAACACUUGUGUGAUUGUUCCCUCUCCAAUGUUGAUUUGGGUUUGCAGUCAUUUCAGGGCUCCAAAAUACGCUCGGCUCAACAUUGGGGAAGGAGAGCGGCACACUUGAGUGAGAACAAAGGUGUGAAGCGUGAAAUAUGUUAGAAAUUUGGAGAAAAUUCAAGACAAAUGGCUCCUGUUUCAACGAUUUGUGACGAGUAUUGUAUUUAGUCGGAAGAGAGGAAAUAAUGACAGGUUCACAUCAAAGUGAAUUUUUUUGGACCGUUGAUGGAAGAUACGUGUUUUUUUUUGGUGUACAUUAAGUAAAAUUAAAAAGAAAAACAGUAUGUUGAACUAUUUUUCGCGUAUGACACAAUGACAGAUGGAAGUAAGGCAUUUAAAAUACAAUUAUGUAAAAUAUAGAGUGCACAAUUCAGACAGUCUGGAGGAGUGUUUUAAACCCAUUUUCCGUUGUCUGCGCAGAUCAUUCCAUGGCAUGAGUUCUUAAUGCUUCUUGACUGGGAAACUGAAAAAAUACAGCCCACAUGAUAUUUUAUACUGACCAGGAAGAUACGCCGAUAUUUUGUACAAGUAAAGAUGAACUCGGUUUUGUGCGAGAAGGAGUUGUCGGUGAGAGGGAGAAUUCGAAGAUGAAAGUAGGGUGGGGAGUAUUCAGUCUCUUCAAUCAGAAAUCGGAGGAACGGCUAAAAUCCGUUUCUCCUUGUAGAAAAUGUCUUAGUCGUCUUAUUUUCCCGCAAGAGGACUAAUUAGUCUAAUUAAACUCAUCGCCAAUUGAUGAGCUUGGAAACUGGUGCCUUAAAAGUUAGCGCGGAAGGGCCCGAGGUAAUUCAGGCACCGCAGGGAGGUCUCCAUGGCAACCCGGCAAGCGGGAACCUCCCCAGUAGCAGCCGCUAACAGGCACCGUCACACUGAAACUAGUCCAGUGGAAAUACUUACCUAAUCCGAUACUUACCUCUGCAAUCAAGAAGCCCUCUGAGAAGGGAGGGUGGGGCUAAUGAAUCCGCAAAGAUUCGCUCACAAAAAGCAUUGAUCGCAACGAUCGCUAGAAAGCAAGGCUGUACGUAGUUUGCCCCUGCGAACUCCAAAGGUGCGCCCCCACGGAUCAUGUGCAAACUGGGCGAGACCGCUGGCAGCAUUAGCUCGAGAUUAACCUUGCCUAAACUACAUUUAGCCACAUUUAAAUUAGUAGGAUCUUAUGUAAAUAUUGCUGAGGUUGUUGACAUUAUUUGCUGCGGCUUUAGUGUAACACGAUUCACCAUGGUGUUCGGGAAAUUCUUUGCCAUUUUAGCACUUAAAAACAAAAACUACUGCAUCUACAAGUGUUUGAAAUGAUAGAAAAGAUCCUAGAUCAUACAGAUAAGGAAAAGUUUUCUUCAUGAACAAACUCAAUAAUGCUAUUUGAAGUGGUUCACCAUGGUGAACCGAUAGUUUAUAAAGUCUAUGGUACUAUAAUUACUUUAAUACGCUAGGACACAGUGGUGAAUCGUUGAGAUUUUGCGCUUAAAAGAUAGAUAGCCCGUUAAAACGAAUGAUCUCGUUUAACAAUGUAUUUCUUUACAUAGUUAACUCAUUUUUGUACCUAGAACCUUUAAGAUCAUGGAAAAAGAAGGAAAGGGUUCCGUUUUCGUCGGACACCUCUGUGUAGUUAUUUGAGAUGAGGGCUAAUUUGCGAUACUCUCUACGAUUCUCUCCCAGAAGCUCCCAGAAAAAAAAAAUCACCAAACAUCGUCUCCAUUCCCAUAUGUUUGAGUAUUUUUCUUCCCCUCUGGUCUUGAAAUAUGCACCCCCUGUCCAAUCCCGAUGUACUAAUAGGCACUGACUCCACUGAGCCUUUUCACUGAAGUGGUUUUGCAGUAAUGUACGUUUAAAUCGUUCAUCUCAAAAGUAUGCAUACCUGCUAUAUAGUUAUUAGUCCGACUUCACGUCUAGAACAGUAAAAACAAGAAUACUCAUCUCACAUUGUUAACACUGCUGAAGGCGGAAAUGAUUACCCUUCAUACGCUUCGUUACCCGUCCACGCCCUACUGACACAAAGACAAUCCUCGUCACAAAUCUUGAAACACUUGUGUGAUUUUUGCCUCUCCAAUGUUGAUUUGGGUUUGCAGUCAUUUCAGGGCUCCAAAAUACGCUCGGCUCAACAUUGGGGAAGGAGAGCGGCACACUUGAGUGAGAACAAAGGUGUGAAGCGUGAAAUAUGUUAGAAAUUUGGAGAGAAUUCAAGACAAAUGGCUCCUGUUUCAACGAUUUGUGACGAGUAUUGUAUUUAGUCGGAAGAGAGGAAAUAAUGACAGGUUCACAUCAAAGUGAAUUUUUUUGGACCGUUGAUGGAAGAUACGUGUUUUUUUUUGGUGUACAUUAAGUAAAAUUAAAAAGAAAAACAGUAUGUUGAACUAUUUUUCGCGUAUGACACAAUGACAGACGGAAGUAAGGCAUUUAAAAUACAAUUAUGUAAAAUAUAGAGUGCACAAUUCAGACAGUCUGGAGGAGUGUUUUAAACCCAUUUUCCGUUGUCUGCGCAGAUCAUUCCAUGGCAUGAGUUCUUAAUGCUUCUUGACUGGGAAACUGAAAAAAUACAGCCCACAUGAUAUUUUAUACUGACCAGGAAGAUACGCCGAUAUUUUGUACAAGUAAAGAUUAACUCGGUUUUGUGCGAGAAGGAGUUGUCGGUGAGAGGGAGAAUUCGAAGAUGAAAGUAGGGUGGCGAGUAUUCAGUCUCUUCAAUCAGAAAUCGGAGGAACGGCUAAAAUCCGUUUCUCCUUGUAGAAAAUGUCUUAGUCGUCUUAUUUUCCCGCAAGAGGACUAAUUAGUCUAACUAAACUCAUCGCCAAUUGAUGAGCUUGGAAACUGGUGCCUUAAAAGUUAGCGCGGAAGGGCCCGAGGUAAUUCAGGCACCGCAGGGAGGUCUCCAUGGCAACCCGGCAAGCGGGAACCUCCCCAGUAGCAGCCGCUAACAGGCACCGUCACACUGAAACUAGUCCAGUGGAAAUACUUACCUAAUCCGAUACUUACCUCUGCAAUCAAGAAGCCCUCUGAGAAGGGAGGGUGGGGCUAAUGAAUCCGCAAAGAUUCGCUCACAAAAAGCAUUGAUCGCAACGAUCGCUAGAAAGCAAGGCUGUACGUAGUUUGCCCCUGCGAACUCCAAAGGUGCGCCCCACGGAUCAUGUGCAAACUGGGCGAGACCGCUGGCAGCAUUAGCUCGAGAUUAACCUUGCCUAAACUACAUUUAGCCACAUUUAAAUUAGUAGGAUCUUAUGUAAAUAUUGCUGAGGUUGUUGACAUUAUUUGCUGCGGCUUUAGUGUAACACGAUUCACCAUGGUGUUCGGGAAAUUCUUUGCCAUUUUAGCACUUAAAAACAAAAACUACUGCAUCUACAAGUGUUUGAAAUGAUAGAAAAGAUCCUAGAUCAUACAGAUAAGGAAAAGUUUUCUUCAUGAACAAACUCAAUAAUGCUAUUUGAAGUGGUUCACCAUGGUGAACCGAUAGUUUAUAAAGUCUAUGGUACUAUAAUUACUUUAAUACGCUAGGACACAGUGGUGAAUCGUUGAGAUUUUGCGCUUAAAAGAUAGAUAGCCCGUUAAAACGAAUGAUCUCGUUUAACAAUGUAUUUCUUUACAUAGUUAACUCAUUUUUGUUCCUAGAACCUUUAAGAUCAUGGAAAAAGAAGGAAAGGGUUCCGUUUUCGUCGGACACCUCUGUGUAGUUAUUUGAGAUGAGGGCUAAUUUGCGAUACUCUCUACGAUUCUCUCCCAGAAGCUCCCAGAAAAAAAAAAUCACCAAACAUCGUCUCCAUUCCCAUAUGUUUGAGUAUUUUUCUUCCCCUCUGGUCUUGAAAUAUGCACCCCUGUCCAAUGAUGUACUAAUAGGCACUGACUCCACUGAGCCUUUUCACUGAAGUGGUUUUGCAGUAAUGUACGUUUAAAUCGUUCAUCUCAAAAGUAUGCAUACCUGCUAUAUAGUUAUUAGUCCGACUUCACGUCUAGAACAGUAAAAACAAGAAUACUCAUCUCACAUUGUUAACACUGCUGAAGGCGGAAAUGAUUACCCUUCAUACGCUUCGUUACCCGUCCACGCCCUACUGACACAAAGACAAUCCUCGUCACAAAUCUUGAAACACUUGUGUGAUUUUUCCCUCUCCAAUGUUGAUUUGGGUUUGCAGUCAUUUCAGGGCUCCAAAAUACGCUCGGCUCAACAUUGGGGAAGGAGAGCGGCACAUUUGAGUGAGAACAAAGGUGUGAAGUGUGAAUGUAAGAAAUUUGGAGAAAAUUCAAGACAAAUGGCUCCUGUUUCAACGAUUUGUGACGAGUAUUGUAGCACCCUUAGGAAUUGGGAAGUUGUCAUAAAUAUUAUUCAUGUUGUUACCGACAGUAAUUUUAUUGUUGACUUAGCCCUCCGAUACUGGUAAAAGAUACUGAUAUUCUGAAAAGUUGACAAAGCAAGAAAUACUUUGCGCAUCUCUGUUUAGAACUGUUGAUGAUCACUGGAACAACUUAUUAUUGUCACAGUGAUCAUUGAUGUAUAAAAUGUAUUUUGAUGUAUUUUUCUGUAUAGGAAGCACUUGAUUUCAUUGAAAACCAAGCAAAAACGCAGAAGCCAUUCUUCUUGUAUUGGGCCCCAGACUCCACCCAUGCACCUGCGUAUGCAUCAGCUCAAUUCUUGGGUACUAGCCAAAGAGGACUGUAAGUAGUAGUCAUUAUACAGUAACAGUGUUGAUCAUUUAAGCAAUAGACCACACUUUCUGUGGGUUUACCGGCGUGAUAACCCACGCGGGAUGUUCGGCUCGUGAUUUACAAGCUUUUCGAGUGUUCUCCCAACAUACAUCCCAAGUGGGUUAUCACGCAGGUAAACCCAUAGAAAGUGUGGUCUAUUGCUUUUAUAAAAUAACUUUUAGUAGAAUGGAGUCUUUUUGGUAAAAUAUAUGGUUUUAGUUCCGUGAUCAAGUCAUGUCUUCUCUCUAAAGUCAUCAUAAGCCAAUCAUGACUCACGAUUUAAUAUAGCGCUGAACUUUCUCAAAACUCAGUUCAGUCAAACAACAAACAGCAGCACUUCAAAACACGAGUUUUUGCACUCGGCAUUACAUGAUAACUUAUGAAAGCUGUUUUACAGGAACAGUCAACAUUUAUUCAUGCGAACGUACAAUGAAAGAAUACGUUCAUGGUUUGUUUACUACAGAAGAAGAAAUUAAUUGAACAUCAGACUGUACGCAGCUGUAUUUUGUUGAGUCGAUCCGUAAGAAUUUCGUGCUCACAGACGGAACUGGCAGCUAUUGUAAUGGAGGACUUCAUUCACAUUUUACAAGCCGCAGUGGUUUAAGAUCUGUUUUCUGGACUUUAUUAUGAUUAAGAAAUGCUGCGGUAACGACGUGGCUGCAUUUGCGAAGUUGACGCAUGUAACUUUAUAUGCACGUACAACGACCGAUGGACAUAUGUCAGUGGUGGAGAAAAAUUUCUUUGCCGUAACCACAUAUUGGCGUUAAUAUUUGUCGAUUUGUAAAGUCAGGUGGUUUGAGGUAGGUUAUGGCAUCGAUGUCACCGAAUAAUUUGUGCAAAUGUUGGAAAAAACCAGCCCGAAACUCUGACAUCUUUCAUCAUCGUUGGCAGCUUGUUUACAACCUACAGCGGCCCAUUUUGUACCAUAUCUUGAUCAGAGAUCUCUUUUUGAAACAAUUUCUUUCAUUCAGGAAUUUAAGUUUGACAUAAAACAAGAAUGCUAAAACUAUCCGUUUUGUUGCUGGUUGGCACAUGGUUAAGUUUUCCGGGAGACUUUCUACACCACAAAUUCACACAGUUGUUGUCUAUCUCUGCGAUUUGGCAUCGUCGUGAAAUGUAAACUGCUUUCCAGCUUUGUACUUUAUUACUUCUAAAGCUAUGGCAGUAAUAAAAUGUGAAAACCAACGCUUUUGAUAUUAAGAAGGGCUAGGUAAGUAACUCGUUCUGUUUUUUAGCCUUUCUAAAAUCAUUGUUUGCAGAUUAAUAGCCGGUUUUGUUUAUGGCUCGUGGUGCGGAUGCCUUUUUCUAUGGGUUUACCGGUAUAAUAAACCAUAGGUUUUUGACCAAUCAGAUCACGCGUUCUAUCUCAGUUAUUUUAUAAAUAAUGAUAAUAAGAAGAAGAAACCCUCUUUUGCCUCCCAAGUACUGAGUUAGAUAAAGUAGCUCUCAAAGUUAUUGUGAAGAAUGGAGAAAAUCACCCUCUUUGGAAUCGUACUGCCGGCACAGUUGAUAUAAAGACAAAACAGUGAAAGAGGCUUGAGAUCAGUGAAAGCGGAGUUUUAAAGUAAAUUAAAGAUAAAGCAAAGCAGCUGUAAUGCAUAUGUUGUUAACAGAAGAAUACAGAUGUAACCAAGAAAGUUAUGAGGAAGUUCAAAGAGAAUGCAAUGCAGACUGCGUGUUCCUCUAUCAUCAAAGAUGUUGUGAAGUAUCUAUCAGAGCCAAUCUUUCUGAUUUUAAAGCAUCCUAUUCCAAGAGCUAUGAAAGGGGUUAGUGUAGAAUAGUGAAAUUAUGGAACAAGAGAAAAGGCAAGGGAAGCUACUAAAAGAGAAUAGGAGGACCCAGCUGUUGAUAAUAGAUGGUGCUUAAUUCAUGGAUGCAUAGCCGGAGAUCAGCUGUUUUAUUAUAUAUAUUUUUUUAUUUUAUUAGCUUUGCCCUGAUGAUACAAAAAACUGAAGAUAUGCAAAUACUAGUAAUAAGAACGUAACAAUACACUAAUAAUAACUUAAAUAAUUUGGGCAGGGACACAGCAACAGCUAAAGCCAAUUACUGCAGACCCAAUGCACACUCUAGCAGCCAUGCAGGAACUGUACCAAGAGUUCACCAAGUAGUGCCUUGUUAAUGUAAAGCCAGUUUGAAAUGCUCCAUUCUCCUUUUAAUUUUUCAUGUAUGUAGUUGUGAAUCAAUCAUAUUGAUCAGGAGUAACUUAAAUGUGACUGAAGGAGUGCUUGAAAUAAGGCCCUUAGUGACUAUUCUCCCCUUGAUUCACAAGCAUAAACAGGGGGCUUUUGGUCUUGAGAUCUUAUUCCAGAUACACUUUUAUGGUGAUUAUUAGAAUUCUCUUUAAUAGGUAUGGAGAUGCUGUGCGGGAGUUAGAUGACAGUGUUGGAAGGAUUCUACUGAAACUGAAAGACCUUGGCAUAGCCAACAAUACCUUUGUAUUUUUUUCAUCAGACAAUGGAGCAGCUUUGGCAUCAGCGGCAAGAGGUGCGAAAACCUUAAACAUUGAGUUGCAGUCAAACCUUUCUAAAGGGAUGGUUACCUUUAGGGACUGGUGAACUGACUGCUUAGUGCAGUUUGACCCAUUUUAAACACAGCUAGGUUUAAUUUAAUUAACACCGUAAAUCAAGCAAAGACGAUGAUAGCAAGAACUAUUUAUUACAUAUCAAAUUGAUCUUAAGGGGAUCUUAAGAAAACCAUGCUAGAAUUUUCCUGUUUGUUAACUUGUCUGUUAUUUAGUUGGAAGGUAGACAACUUUUAGAGAGAAAUUAAUAGAAAUUAAUGGGUAUCAAAGACGUGAUUCUAGCACAGGAGCGCCCUUAAAUUUUGUCGGAAGACUUUUUUGUGACCAUAAUGCAUCUUACAUUGGAUAACUCCUUAAUACAGGUUUGCCUUAAUUAACCCAUUUACAAUCAUGUAACCAUUUCUUUUGUUCCCAUAAAGGUGGAAGUAAUGGCCCAUUUCUUUGUGGAAAAGAGACUACAUUUGAAGGUGGAAUGAGGGAACCAUCCAUAGCUUGGUGGCCAGAGCGAAUUAAACCUGGCCAGGUAACAUGUCUUUUUGGCAGCCACUAACACUGGAAACAUAUCUGACACAAAGUCAAGACUCAAACUUCUUUGGUGGUCGCUUAUGACCUAAGGGAGCUCUACCAAAUAAAGGGGCAAGACAAUUACGUGCUUGAAAAGCAAGAUUUCAUACGUGCAAAGAAGAAUACAAUCAAGGCUAUGUUGAGUUGCUUAGUACAGUGUACAUAAAGCUACCAAACAUCAAAAUAUAAUGUCAGGGUUUAAACUUUCCAAUAUGAAAGGACAAAAAAAGUCUAUUCAAUAUAAGCGUCAUAUUAUUACUUCGGCGGAGCGCGAAGUAAAGGAUUCGCGACGCUCAGGAAUGUAUCAAAGUUGACUUUUUUUGACAAGAUUGGGCUUGUAAAGUCUGUAGGUUUUCGGUUCUAUUCGGCUAUUUGACGAAGUGAGAGCCGAAUUAGUUCGAGAUAUCUCGAGAUCACUUCGAUUUCUUUGAUUUAUUCUUUUAACUUUUUCGAAGAAGAAAGAAUUAUUAUUUUGGCCUUCCCGGGGUUUGAACGACUCACCUGUGUGACCCGUCAGAUCAGAGAAGACUCUUAAGUUGAGGGAUUAGCCGAUUGCGCUACUGCGACCCAAGGUAGUUUGGGAAAUUAAAAAUAGUUAUGAAAUGAUGCACUACGUUUCGGGACAAGAUUGGGCGUGCAAGUUCGUGACUUGUCGGCUUGUUUCAACUAUUUCACGAAAUGAGACCGGACUACUUCGCGAUAUCUUGAGAUCACUUCGAGUUUAGUCUUUAAUUACUCGAGGAAUAAAUAGAGGAUAUUUCGUGGCCGCGCAGAGACACGAAAUUUCUCUUCGAGUGUUGAAAAACAUUUCACGAGUGAGCCCUCCUUUCGAACUGUUUUAUUAUGAAUUUAAAAUUACAAAAUGCUGCACAAAGACAUUUGGUCUUUGUUCCCUGUUACGUACUAAAAUUGCUUUCAUGCGUUGCGUAACUUUCUCGAACGUUCUCUACGUUUUUGGAUUAGUCAUGAAUAUUAAUUAGGGCAUAUUUACAUUUCAGCAUGAGUCAGCAGAUUUGCAUCAGUUACUGAAAUCACAAAAUGUGUCGAAAAGCUACUCCUAUUCGCCUGUUUAGUAUUUUCUGGAUCCUUAUGUCAAACGGUAUACAAGUUCCAAGCGAGUUCUUUUGACAAACUAAGUUUCCCACGAGCUGGACUAUUGUGUUUUGUCAAGUGUGACGAAGGUCGAUUUUCAAGUUUUGUGUUUUCAAGUUGGCGGAAGCCGUAAGACAACUGAAGUUCAAGUGAGCGUUUUUUAUUAUUGGUAGAGGCUGUUUAGUUUUACCCUGGUUUUACUUAAGUUCAAGUCAAGUUUGUGUUGGCGGAUGCUGUGUUUUAAAGCUCUGUAAAGGCUAUGUUCCUUUGGUAUUAAACUUCCUUGUGUUAAUCCGACAUCCCUACCUGCUGAUAGUCAGUGAAUAAUUAUCCUCAAAACAUUCGAACUCGUAGCAUUGAGUUUUAGCCAAUUCCAUGCUCAAUGUAAUUGACUCCUUACCCUGCCUUACAUAUCUUAAUCAGUACAUGAGACUGCUAUGCUGUUUUUGAAGCCUGAUGUGACUAAGAAAAAUAGAGAAUUCUUUUUUGACUGUUUGUUUUGUUAGACUUGUUAUUCACCGCCAGUAACCUCAUAUGGAUUAGGUCUAAACGUUUAGACCGAAGUCAAAUUUAGAAGGAUUUGUAUGGAGUCAUCAGGGCAUAACUGGGCUAAUAUCUCAGAGACAAUUUGUCCCAAAAUGCUAGUUUCUGGCGAGUAGGCCUCUUGGAUGUUGCUCUUUUCAGAAUAUCCUGACAAAUCCCAUAAUUUCACAAAUUAACACCUUACUUUUACCAUAUUUCAUUUCUUACUAGUCUUUCACAACCACGACGCCGAAGUGUAUGCUCCGUAGCGUCUUGUUCAAUUUGAAUUGGUAGUAGGUCAGACCUUGCAUCAAGUGGUUGAAUAUAAAAGGCUAAAAUCAAAUAUGGAAUAUCUGAAAUUAUUGCUACCCAACAGAGCUUGGAGGUGGUUUGACUGUAACAAACCCUUAGAGAGAUGUUUCUCCGAGUGGGGAUCAGUCCUAUCCGGGGUACCCCAGGGGACGAAACUAGGCCCGUGGUUGUUUUUGGUGCUCAUCAACGAUCUAGAAAUCCAUAAUGCAGGCAAUAUCUGGAAGUAUGUUGAUGAUACAACUACAUCCGAGAUCGUUGUGAAAGGAGCCAGUAGCAAUUCCCAACUGAUUGCAGAUACUGUCGUGCAGUGGUCUUUUGAGAAUAGACUAAAACUAAACAGUGAAAAAUGUAAAGAGCUUAGGAUUUCAUUUGCAAAGAACAAACCACAACUCGCGCCUAUAGUAGUAAAUAAUCAAGAGCUAGAAUGUGUUGAAAGCGCCAAAUUACUAAGUGUUACGAUCUCCAACAACCUUACAUGGAAUAUGCACAUUGAUCAAAUCAUAAAGAAAGCUUCUAAACGUAUGUAUUUCCUAAUACAAUUCAAAAGGGCCAAUGUCGCAAGGCAUGAAUUAAUUCUUUUUUAUACAUCUUGUAUAAGGUCAGUCAUGACCUACGCAUCGCCUGCGUUUUUCUACGCCCUGCCAUUGUAUUUAAAGAAAGAUCUAGAGAAUGUGGAGAAACGGGCACUAUCUGGCCUAUAGAAGGCCUUAGAGCUUUCAAAUAUUAUGUCUAUCAAUGACUACAUCGCUAGCUUAUGUAAAAGGACCUUCCUCUCGAUUGCUAAUGACCCGGUCCAUCGCUUACAUAACACGCUUCAAUCGUCAGGGCUGUCGUGUUAUAAUCUUCGGUGCAAAAGGCGUUUUGCGAUUCCCAAAUGUAAGACCGAGCGUUUCAAAAAUAGUUUUUUAGUAAGAUCAUGUAUUGAUAACGAAUUUUAGCGCUCGGUGAGUUUUGUAAAUGAGAUCGAUGACGUUGUAUAUAUUUUAACAGUUUUAAGCUUUUUUAUAUUUAUAGGAUGUUAUUAUUUAUUUAGGACUUUAUCAUUAUCAUUUUAUUAUACUCACUAUUGUAAGAUUCUGUUAUAUUAUAUUAUAUAUUAUAUUGUAAAUACACAAUUCAGCUUAGUAGCUGCAAGCUUUUUACAAAUAAACUAUCUCUCUAUCUAUCUAACAAUUUGGGAUUUUGAAUCGCUGUGGUCGCACAUAGAGGUUCACAGUUUUAAUCCAUAGCAAAAUCUUGCCCUAAAAAUGUUCAGCUUUAGUACAUGUGUCUUGAUGCGAUUGGGUUUUUGUUUAUUUGUUUUAGGUUAGUCACCAGCUUGGCACACAGAUGGACUUGUUUUUUACAGCUCUUCUGUUGGCAGGAGCGAAACCACCAUCGGGUGUAGUGCUUGAUGGCAUAGAUCUUACCCCUACUCUUUUUAAUCACACCAUAACUGACAGGUAUUUGAUGUUCUGAUUCACAGUCACACCAAUGGCUAGAAUUCAGUUAGUUUGUGGCUAAAAAUGUGAUAUGUUCUUAUACAAGAAUUAGGUCACUCUAUCCCGUUUUAUCUAUUUUGAAGGCAUAUGGGUAAGCUGUAAGAUGUCGUGUAAAAACUGCUUUUCAAUUAUUUGAUGAUAAACUAGGAGUAAUCGGAGCUUAGGAGGGUGCGUUCGAUAUAUUUUUUAAGCAUACAGGUAGUAGUUGAGGGGGGAAGGGUGGUUGCGGUAAAGAUAAAUAUGAUUAUGGCAUAUUUUGAACGUAAGGGUUGCGUACAGCGAGUCGACGACGAAAAGGCAAUCUCAAAAAAACCUCCCUUAUAAAUUGCACAGGACACCCAAUAAUGCACAAAACACCCAACAAAAAUUAGGGGUUGCAUUCUCGUACCUCGAACGCGAAAAUACUAAUUAUAGUAGUUGCAGUUAAGAAACAAAACAAAUGGAAAUCCCACAAAGAGGUUUUUAGAUAUGACCUUUCUGCUGAAGUUGAGUUCAUUUAAAACUGAGCAGUGAAAUCAGUUGUAAUGAGUGAUACUCCUUUGCAUCAGUUUACAUAAAAGAAAAAUCAAAAUUGUAAAACUAUAUUGUAAAUUGAUACAAAUUUUAGAGUUGCUAUAAGUUGCCGAGUUGAUAGCUAUAAUUUCAAUACAAGUAAAAACAAUGACAACUUUCAAACCCCCUUUUGGCGCAAUUCAUUUAUUGAACUUUAUCUGCGAGUUCCUUGUAAGUAGCUUCGGACUUGAUGAGAGUUAAGACAUCAGGAAAUCGCAUAUGUGGUUGAAAUAUGUUGUCCGCGUAUUAUGCCCGAAAAAAGGUGACAACAAGGUUCAACGAUAGGACGCGGUUGAUUUUCAGUUAAUCCAUAGAGAGGCCCCCAUAUUAUCAACAUUUAUGUUCUCUCAGCUCAGAUAUCAGCUCUCACUCUCUCAUUUCUGUCGAUAGUGUUGUCGUGUUUUAAAAAUAGGCCCUUUGCAGCUAAUCGGUCACGUGCUACAAAACCCAUCGUGGAGAGGAAGGCUGGGAUGACCAGAAAAGACAAACACAACCAUUUUAAAUGAAGUGACCUCUUUAUUUGUCUUAUCCCAGAGCGUCCAUUGCGCUUCAGUAUCGCGGUGUUUACCGAGUGAAAGACUAACUGCAAAGGACCUAUCACCCUCUAGCCUGUACACAGGAUACGUUGUUUCCUUUUUCUUUUCGAAAAUCGAUGAGCACGCGAGUGAAGCGAACGUGUGAGAGCAGGGCGGAUAUAUCCUCCCUGUGUGAGAGCGAGGGCGGAGCGUGAGAAAGAGGGCGGAGCACGCGCGCUCUCGACGAUCUUUAAAGUGAACAGGCUAAUUACCCUCAAUCUGAAACAGUGAUUACCCAUAUCAGUACUUCAUAGGGAAGUAAGUUAGUGUUGUGUAUCUGUCUGCAGACCUGUGUUUUUCUAUCGCGGUAACGAGAUGAUGGCCAUUAGAUAUGGAUUGUACAAGGCUCAUUACUGGACCUGGACAAAUGGUUGGGAAGAAUUCCAUGUAAGAUUAAGAAGACUCGUAAUACAGUACAUAACAAGGGUGCAUGAACAGUUAAAAGAGAAAAUGCAAAUAAGUAGAGGUGAUUGGUACUACUACAAGGUAUUUAAACUGUGAACUGAGGGAUCAGUGUCACAUACGUUCCCCUUGCUUGUGUUCGUGCUGCAAAUCGUAAACUUAGCCUUGGAAUUUAUCUGACUCUUCCAAAAUGUAGGUUCCUAUAGUGCUGAGCCGAAAGAUCGGCCACUGAGCUUUUACAACUGCUAACCGCUUAGGUCACAAAAAGAAAGGUUGCUAAGGAAAAACUAUGAAAUCAAUUUUCAUCAGAGAGUCGGAAUAACCUUUCAAAAUUUUGCGUUUUUUAAGAGAGACUUUCUAAACACGAAAAAACUGCCAUUACUCUCAUCUUGUCGUUUUUGACAAUCUCCAUGUGUGUUUUGAAACACUUUGGGCCAGUUAUUUUAACGGAGUUUAGCCAGUGUUUAACAAAACCGCGUUCUAAGGCAUUUUUAAUUUGCCCAACGCUUUUAUCUUAACACUACUUAUCGUGAAAAGUUUCGUGAAAGCAUAAGGCGUAGACUGGAAAAGCACUUAUGAUCUUAAAAUAACCCACUAUGCAAGAGAUCUGGAGGUCCAAAGAUUUGCUAAACUGCCGCCUAAGUUACACUUCGUUUAAGUAAUCGACCCUUGCUUUUAUCUUUCAGAGAGGAGUAAAUUACUGUCGCGGAGAGAAUGUCGCAGGCGUUACGACGCACGACCAGAUGAAUUACACUUCAUCACCUGUUCUGUUUCACCUGGGACGGGACCCUGGCGAGAAAUACCCCAUCGAGUAUAACAAGGCUAAAAUUACUUCUUUUAAAUACUAUAGAUCACAAGUAACCGUUUUUCUUAGUCUCAAUCUAAACGUCCAACCGGUACAGUCGAACCUCUUUUAACGACACCGUUCUUGAACGGCCACCUCCCUACAAUGACCCGCCUGAGUUGGUUUACGGUCAAGUCACCCGAAAGUCAUCUCACCCGAACAACGCUUAAAAUUAUGUCGCCCAACGCUUCCUAGACUUACACAACAAUACAGUUAAUAUCCUUUUACGCUUAUUCCUAUUUUCUGGCCUAAAGAACGACGAAUAAAGAUUUCUAAAUUGCUUUCUAGGCUUUCUGGCUAGUUAAGCGUAAAUUAAUUCCGCCGCUCGGGCGAGAUGACUUUCGGGCGACUUGACCGUAAACCUCUCUGUUCAGUUACUUCUGUCCCAAAUGUGAUCGUUGUGGACUGAGCUGGGAGGUUUAACUGGUAUUAUUGAUAGCACGAGUAUGCACAGGCGCAAGUCUUAAGUUGAAUGUUAACAUCCAAGGAUUUUGUGUAGCGAUUUAAAGUCCAAUUGGCAUUAUGUACUUCCCUAACUGAUUGUAAGAGUCUUAUGCUAAGACCUUCGUUUUGAAGAUCAGUUAUAAAAAGGCAGAAACAGACUAAUAUGCACACGUCCCUGUUUCCGUCGAUUGAAGUAAUCUUAAAGGUGAAAAUAUGUGGUUUUCGCCAGUAAUGUCAUGAGCAUAUGAUAGCUAAGGAGGAACUCGUGGUUGUCCAUAUGAAAGUUCGUUGGUGAAAUAUGUUCUGCACACUGUUUAGUCUUAGAAUCUGAGUAUCGGAUGCCACAACCUGGGCGUCGAUUUUGACAGAAAAGUUACUCGUGGUUAAUUUAUAAGAAAGAUAGCUCUUAGUAGUACGAAGUGUGUAUUUAGCCUCCCACACAGACCUUCCUAGGGCUUCGCGGGGACGCGGGAACGCAUGUCGAUGCCCUAAGCACCUCUGCUUGGGAGGCUAGUAAAAGCAUUGUUAAUCUCUCAAUAACAGAUCCUCUACUCCAGAGUACAAGGAAGUUAUGGUUACAAUAAGAGAACUAGUGUCUGAGCACAAGUCAAGUCUGAUACCGGGAAAACCUCAGCUAAACAUGUGUGAUCCAUCUGUAAUGGUAUGUAACCACAUAAGGCCGUGAGUUUCAAGUUCAGGGUACCACUUAUUGACUACUGUCACAAUUCUGUGCCCAGUUGUUUGAAGGUCGAUUAGCCCUUAACCUAGGAUUAAAUUUAACCUGAGUUUCUUUUUCUUUCGCUCAAAAACAUUCUCUCGGAUAAUUUUCUCUGUCAUUUUAAGAGCAUCCAAUCAUCAACUUGCUGACAAAAAGAAUUAAACUGAAUUUACUUUUUAAGCUUUCAUAUCUAAAUUCACAUUUCGCACUAACCGUGGGUUAUCUUAACCCAGCUUUAAACAACCCGGCCCUGGCGAUUUUGGAAGCAUAAUAGGUCUUUUUAAAGUGUUUUAUUUUUGAAAUUUGACAAAAAUGCGUUACCGUAAAACAAAACAUUCAAAGCUAAGAAGUAGUGACUCUCCGAAGAGAAAUAAUAAUAAGUUUUCUGUGUCGGUUGAAAUUUACCCGCUUCCAAAUCGUUUGUGCCAAUUCAGUGUUGUCCCAAGGAAUAAAUGAAGGUACGAGUUCUUUCGGUUAGCUAGUACAGACCAUCUUCAAAAUCAUAUGAUUGUUCUUUCCACGCCUUUAACCCUGAAUAACGAGAGAAUUCCACAGUUACAUGGUGCUCAGAGGGUCGGAAUAAAAAAUCUUAACUAACGCUAAGAUGGCAGUGAAAAGCUACAGUUGAAGUAGCACUUGUCCAUCUCAGUAACAAUCAUUUAUACUUCAUGUUCUGCAGACGAGAAAAGAAUAAUUAAGUAGGAAAAAGCUGGAUCCAUUAGAAGUUUUGCCCGCGGGGUGAUUACCAACGGCACUAAAAGCGUUUCCUAAUUGUGCUCGCUGCCGACUCAACAGGUUCAAAAGGUUUGAUAAAAUUAGAGAGGCUAUGUGACACCUAUUUUUUUAUUUCUAGAACUGGUCACCCCCUGGAUGUGAAGACAUUGAUGAAUGCCUUAAAGCACCUCCAUCAAAUCCUACAAAAUGCUACUGGCCUCAUUGAACGGAAAACAAUGAACUACAGACAACCAACUUGGGUUCAGUUACUUGCAGACCUUCUCUCUUGCUCUAUCACGAACUUUAUUUACUACCGAGACUAAAUUGCAUUUAGUAAAUAGUAUCAUCAGGGGCAAACAACGAGAAUGUAGUUCAAAACCACUUAAACAUAGCAUUGGUAAACGUAUUUUAGUAUUUAAACGGUAGAUAUAGGCAUAUUUUUAUCCCCUAAAAAUUUUUCAUCUGUUCGGAUUUCCUAGCUGAAAGUCUAGUGAUCCGAAAAUUAUUGGGAUCAAAACUUACCUUUUCGAAAAUUUCAGCCAGAAAAAAGGCUCCCGAAAAUUCUAGGUGACCUUUUUAGGGAAAAAAUCCGUUAAAAAUGGGCAAUUAUACCAUUUUUUAGAUGUUCGAAAAUCCUAGGAGAGACUGGUAAGCAAGAAAUUUUACAGCAAAUGUUCCGAAAAUUCUAGAUCUCAAAUCGUCUUCCGAACAGAUAUUUUCCGAAAAUUGACGUUGGGUGCCCCUGUAUCAUGAACCCACCAUACGAAUACCGAAAGGAGAAAACACAAACUAGCCAACAAACAAGAAAUCGCAGUAGUACUGCGGAAAGCAUGAGCAUGCAGCCGGUAUUGUGAAGUGUCAUCGGUUCGAUUCUCGUUUAGGUCACUCGGUAUUCUUCUUUUUGAGUUUUUCUUGGCUUGAAAACGUUUUUCUCCGUGUAAAAGAUAGUAGUAGUUUAGCCUGGUACCAGGUUCCGUAAUGAGGGAAAGAGCAAACAAACUAAACACGGCGAGCGAAGCGAGACGAGCGGUGACCCGCUUUUUCCUCCAGCAGUUAAACACUAUAGUUGUGAGUUCCCUCCGAGUUAAGGUCUAGCGCGAGUUGUAAUAAUAGAAACUUGCAGAUAACUGCAUAAAUGGUAUGAUUUACAGAUGCCUAAGGCAGUUGACUGUAUAUAUUUCAGAUAAGUUAAAAUGUUAGUAGUCAAUAGCAAAUGGAAAAAAGUUUUUAACUAAACUAAAGUAUAUCAAAGUAUAUAUGGGUGGAAAAUAAGAGGAAUAACAUUCCCAUACUUUUUGAACUAGUUUCCGCCAAAAAAUGUUUUUUUAAAAGUUAAGUUUUAAAUGAGGGGAAAAAAUGGAAUCUUUUUUAUCUUUGCCAAAGGGGUUGAAUAGAUUUACAAAGAUUGUUCUGCAGAUGGGAAGCGUAACAUCCUGAAUCGCAUGUCUGGUAACAUUUUGUGCAUGAAGCCUUUGGUAGAGGAAAUGCGCGAGUUGAGGUAGCGCUCGUAUCGCGUUACAUUUCACAGUAAAAUACGCAGUUCUCUGUGUCUUAAUUUUAAAGUGUUUAGUAUGUUAUAGUUUUCAAAAAGAGCUGUUUAAUAUUACGGUUACAUUUUGAAAAAAAAUAUAUAAAAUAUAUAAGAAACUGGCGAGGGCCUAAAUAAACCAUGAAGUUUACAAGUUAGAAUCUUUACAAUCU